AUGAGCGACACGUUGCUCAAAACUGCCAACACACUGGGCCAUGACCUUGAGGCAAAGCAUAUCUUGCAAUGGCAUGGCGACAUGCACUUGGGCAUUGAAGCUGCCCGUCGCCAUGUCGCACCCAAUUCCAUGCGACUUUCGGAUUGGGCGCAUGUCACUGGAGUGACUUCGCAAGGCCCUUCUGGACUUUCAGGCCUUCUCCUUAAAGAAAUGCCCGCGGAGGCCAAGGACACAGUGCUGCCGUGGAUUUUGCAGUACUGUCGCAUUUCCAAACAGUGGCCUGCCUUCUUGUUCCAUGUUGUUUGGGAAUCGUUGUUUCUUGAAUUAGAAGCAGUGUGUGGGUCAAAUACAAUCAGAAAGUUACAGCGGCAAUAUUUCACUUGGAAUGCAGAUGCCGAACUUUGGGAUGCCCCAUGGCGGUCCGCGCCUGACCGCAUCAUGCCAGGGACAGAUGCAGGUUCCGCUCCGCAAGAAUCCUGGCACGGCACCGUUCUGAAGCCAGCGUUUGAAGGCGUCCGGAGGAAACCGGCAGAAGUUGCUCGGAUCUUGCAGGAACAGAUCGUCCAGCCCCAACUUCGGGUUUUGGAAGCUAUGCAACAGGAUCGCGCACCCUUCCAAGAUUGGCCUGCCAUUGGCCAAUUCCUUGAUCAACACAUUCUCGAAAACGAUGUCCAAUUGAAAAAAGAAGGUCGCACUUCUGGAAAAUCCCUCUUGGCCUGGGGUAAACAUCAGCGGUGGGAAGACCCAAGCGGCAAUCUUUGGAUGCUGGUCCCCACGUCGAAGCUGAAAACAGAUUGGCGGGAGUCCACCGCAAAGAAAAAGGUGUACAAAGACCGUGCGCUGUUGCCUUUGCAGCCUAGAGCAGUGCAGCAUUAUGCUGCGUUGAUCACGGCAACUUCCACUCACGAUGUGCGCCAAGCUUUGGCCUCCCUCGACUUGUACAACUGCCAGACCAAAACUUUCAAAUGUUGGACAAAAACAGCAAAGGCAUUGGAUGACUGGCGUUGCGUCGUGUCUGGGCCUCUUGUUGACUCCUUGUGGCAAGAAUAUCAAGCGGACAGCGGCCCUUCAACUGCAAACCAGCACCGUCUGCCCAAAGGCAGACCAUCGCGUAAAGCAAAAGCCGCUGCCUCUCCAACAAUACUUCCCCAGAUCAUCCCUGCAAUUCACAAUCCAGCUCGUGCAUCCGUGGAGCCAGAGACUACUUCCAGCGCUGCUUCCAUGUCUCCUGAACACUUGGAGCUGCGGUCCUUGCUUCGUUCAACCUCCCUUGGCCAUCUUUACCAGCCAAUGUGCGAUCAAGGUGUCUCAAUUCCUGCCCUGCAGCGUUUUCAAAUUUCUGAUUUUGUCGGCUUCUUUCGGAUGUCCAUCGGAGAGUCGCACACUUUGAUGCAAGCCUUGGAGCAUCGCGCUGCAGCGGGGGCGUCAAGCGUCUCUGCCUUCGAGCGCUGCUGCAGUUGCGAGUACCUUCAACAGAUGCUGCUGCUGUCCGGCUCUCAUUUUCCGCUUAGCGUUCAAGUUCGGGUGUCGGAGCCUGGCUCCAUCAAUCCUGGUCUGAUGUUUGUCGCUGGCUACCCCGAACCCAGACAUCAUCACCCCUUGCUCAGGUACCUUCAACAGAUGCUGCUGCUGUCCGGCUCUCAUUUUCCGCUUGGCGUUCAAGUUCGGGUGUCGGAGCCUGGCUCCAUCAAUCCUGGUCUGAUGUUUGCUGACUCCAAGGGCACCAUCUUGGGCGGUUUGGGCACUGGUCAUAUGCGCCGAGUGGUGAUUGAUGUGCAAGGCAAAAGUGUGAAGAUCCAAGAGGUGGAGGGUGGCCAGAAAUUCUGCACCGAAUUCCCCCGGAUCCGCGACGAUCGUGUGGGUUGCAACGGCGUGCGCUAUGGCUUCUCUGGAUUGCAGACCACUGAAGGUGAUUUCGACUUCCGAGGCCUGCUGAAGUGGGACUUCCAGAGUUGCAAGUUGGACAAGGUGAUCCACUACCCCGAGGGCGUCGUCGGGGGCGAGCCUGUCUUUAUUCCAAAGUCCAAUUGCCAGGAGGACGACGACGGCUACAUCGGCCUGCUGCUGUGGAACGAGAAGACUCAGGAGUCCACUUUUGCGGCCUAUGAUGCCAAGAGCUUUGAUGCCACGCCCGUAGUGGAGUUCCUCGUGCACCGUCGCGUGCCGCUGGGUUUCCAUGCCGCCUGGAUCACCGAACAGCAGUUCCAGCAGCAGUUGAAGAGGGCUUGGUGA